AUUUGCUAAAGGUAACAGGCACCGCAAUUCAAUACUUUUGAUUACAUUUAAUCAGUCUUUGUUGCAUAGUCAAUGAUAUAUUACUGUACAUUGUUAAGCGCCCAUGCCUGAAGAUGGUCUUGCAAUAUAGAACAAAGGCUCCCUCCAGUUCGAGGACAAGUGGGACUUGAUGCGUCCCAUCGUCCUCAAGCUGCUCCGCCAAGAGUCAGUCACCAAACAGCAGUGGUUCGACCUCUUCUCAGAUGUCCAUGCAGUAUGCCUAUGGGAUGACAAGGGGCCGGCCAAGAUUCACCAGGCCCUGAAAGAGGACAUCCUAGACUUCAUCAAGCAAGCACAAGCAGUGGGAAAGGACAGUGUGGAGUGCGAUGGAGAUUGCGUCAUCUGUGGAUCUGUUGGGGCGGUAUGCGAAUUGGAGUGGGUCCAAAUGCUACGUGACGGUACUCACCUUCGCUUUCUUGGGCACAGGGACUAUGGUGGUCUGCUUGAAACAUCGGGUGUUGAGCCACCAGGAUGACACGGCGCUGCUGAAUGCCUACAUCGUUGAGUGGAGGAAGUUCUUCACUCAGUGUGACAUCCUGCCCAAACCCUUCUGCCAGCUGGAAAUUACGCUCAUGGGCAAACAGGGCUGCAACAAGAAGUCUAACGUAGAGGACAGCAUCGUACGGAAGCUCAUGCUGGACACGUGGAACGAGUCCAUCUUCUCCAACAUCAAAAAUAGGCUCCAGGACAGCGCCAUGAAGCUGGUGCAUGCCGAGCGCCUGGGGGAGGCCUUCGACUCUCAGCUGGUCAUUGGUGUCAGGGAGUCUUAUGUGAACCUGUGCUCAAACACGGAUGACAAGCUGCAGAUUUACAGAGAGAACUUUGAGAAGGCCUACAUGGACUCCACCGAGAGGUUCUACAGAACACAGGCCCCCUCCUACCUGCAGCAGAAUGGAGUUCAAAACUACAUGAAAUAUGCAGACGCCAAGUUGAGAGAGGAGGAGAAACGGGCGCUGCGCUACUUGGAGACGAGACGGGAAUGUAACUCUGUACAAGCACUGAUGGAGUGUUGCGUGAACGCCCUGGUGACGUCCUUUAAGGAGACCAUCUUGUCCGAGUGUCCAGGCAUGAUCAAGCAAAAUGAGACAGAGAAGCUCCACCUCAUGUUCUCUUUGAUGGACAAGGUGCCUAGUGGCAUCGAACCCAUGCUGAAUGACCUAGAGGACCACAUCAUGUCUGCUGGGCUGGCCGACAUGAUGGCCUCCGCCGAGACCAUCACCUCGGACUCUGAGAAGUACGUGGAGCAGCUCCUCACCCUGUUCAACAGCUUCAGUAAACUGGUGAAGGAUGCCUUUCAGGAUGACCCUCGCUUCCUCACAGCCAGGGACAAGGCUUACAAAGCAGUUGUGAACGACGCUACCAUUUUUAAAUUAGAACUCCCGCUGAAGCAGAAAGGGGUGGGUCUGAAGACCCAGCCGGAGUCAAAGUGUCCAGAACUGCUCGCCAACUACUGUGACAUGCUGCUGAGGAAAACCCCGCUCAGCAAGAAACUCACCUCCGAGGAGAUCGAGGCCAAGCUCAAGGAAGUGUUGCUGGUGUUGAAGUACGUGCAGAACAAAGACGUGUUCAUGCGCUACCACAAAGCCCAUCUGACGCGACGCCUCAUCCUGGACAUCUCCGCCGACAGCGAAAUCGAGGAGAACAUGGUGGAGUGGCUCAGGGAGGUAGGCAUGCCCGCGGACUACGUGAAUAAGCUGGCCCGGAUGUUCCAGGACAUCAAGGUGUCCGAUGAUCUCAACCAGAACUUCAAAGAGUGUCACAAACACAACAAGCUGGCCCUAUCAGCGGACUCUGUCAACAUCAAGAUCCUGAAUGCUGGGGCGUGGUCUCGAAGCUCAGAGAAGGUGUUUGUGUCACUGCCCACUGAGCUGGAGGAUCUCAUCCCCGAGGUGGAGGACUUCUACAAGAAGAACCACAGCGGCAGGAAACUGCACUGGCACCACCUCAUGUCCAAUGGCAUUAUCACCUUUAAGAACGAGGUGGGACAGUACGACCUGGAGGUGACCACCUUCCAGCUGGCAGUGCUUUUUGCCUGGAACCAGAGGCCCCGGGAGAGGAUCAGCUUUGAGAACCUCAAGCUGGCCACGGAGCUGCCUGACGCUGAGCUCCGACGCACCCUAUGGUCCCUGGUAGCGUUCCCCAAGCUAAAGCGGCAGGUGUUGUUCUACGACCCCGUGGUGGGCUCGCCCAAAGACUUUGCCGAGGGCACACUCUUCUACGUCAACCAGGAGUUCUCACUAAUAAAAAACUCCAAGGUCCAAAAGAGGGGGAAGAUCAACCUGAUUGGCCGGCUUCAGCUCACCACGGAGCGAAUGAGGGAGGAGGAGAACGAAGGAAUUGUCCAGCUCAGGAUAUUGAGAACACAGGAGGCCAUCAUCCAGAUCAUGAAGAUGAGGAAGAGGAUCACCAAUGCCCAGCUGCAGACGGAGCUGGUGGAGAUCCUCAAAAACAUGUUCCUACCCCAGAAGAAGAUGAUCAAGGAGCAGAUGGAGUGGCUCAUCGAGCACAAGUACAUCAAGCGCGACGAGACUGAUCUCAACACCUUCCUCUACAUGGCGUAGCGGCGUUGACAACGUUUAAUUGUGGUGACAACAUGUGACUUUAGGGGUUCUUCAUCAGGCCUGAUGGACAAUAGAAUAUUUUUAGGCCCGACCCUCUUUGGGAAAGAAAUAUCUUUGGUUCGUGAGGGUUCAAGCCUGAUGGACAAUAGAAUAUUUCCAGGCUGACCUCCCUUUAAUAAACAGAUGAUCUGUUGCAUGGGGAAGUGCAGACUUGAUUUAUGACAGCGUUACAGAAAUGUUUAAAAGGAGGAGUUUGUUUGGGGAAAUUAAAGGGUAAGAAAGAAAAUGAGUUUGAGCUUCCCAGCGGGAGUCGACACCCACUGAGUUUUCAGUCGUUUUUGGCUAGAAGGCGUUUCCUAGUCUGUAGACGGGACAUGGUUGGUGGUUGUGAAAGGUCUGUUGCAAUGCGUCGUCCUCCCUGUCAAACCACCCCGCAGACCAUGCCCCCUCUCCCACCCCAUCCAUGAACACCCCACCACAAUUGGAGUAACAUUGGUUGGUGUUGGGUAUCUCUAACGACAUGGCAAGAAAUAGGAAAAGCGUUAGAAGAAGCUCUGUUUCCCUCCAUAUCUAAAGUCCUAGUUUUGAGCCAGGCCAACACUAUUCACCGGACCUCUUCAACAGAACGAGUUGUGUCCCCUGGCAGCUGUCUGAGCCAAGCUGUCGGCCAUGUUUUUUGUGGCCACUGGUGGUGACAAACAAAGCACUAAAGACAAUUACUCUCUGCUGUCACACAUGUGACGCCGUUCUUGGACAUUCAGGGUUGGUUUCCCGGGCCCAGACUAAGACUAGUCCUGGGUUUAAAAAGUAUUUCUCAAUAGAUUAUCUCUAUUGAAAGUGCACUUUAGUCCAGAAUGAGGCUUAUCCUGUGUCGGGGAAAUAUUCUCAACAGUAUGUUAUAUUUCAGAAACUGUUCUCCCGAAAGAGACGGACUAUGGGCUAUUAGUUCCCAGUUCCAAAUCGAUCCCAAGCAUUCUACCCAUGGGAACUUGUCUUUCAAAUUCUGACAACAUCUGAUAAGUACACACGGUAGACUUGAUGGAGCUCUAUCAGAAAGCAAGUUGGAGUAAUCACCAUAUUGGUGGUCGCUCAUAUUCAAUCUCUUCAGAUCUACAGGAAGAGUUUAAGCAUAGCUGUUAGCGGUCGGUUUAGAAUUAGGCCAAUGUCACCUUUUCUGGAUCUUUACCCCUCAUCUCUGCAGGCUGCCUGAGCUAAGCCUCUGGGGGAAGAGGGGUUGUGUGUAUUAUAUGGUAAUAACUAGCUCUGGUCCAGAGCAUUUAAGUACGGCUCACUGAUGCUGAACUUGCAUGGCAUUAGCAAGUCGCACGUAAACACGCUGGACCAGAGCUAGGUAAUAGCCAGAAUCAUAUAUAAAGAUCUGUUUAUAUAUAACCGUAUCUUUAUACAUGGCUCUGAUGGUAACUACUACAAUACAGAGCUAAAGGAGUGUACAUAAAGAUGUUAAUAAUGAGAUGAUGAAAUAAACAGCACCUUAUUAU